CUCCAUCUCCCUCUAUUUUGAGUGUGAUGCCUUUCUCCAUUCAAUUAAAACCAUCAUCGCUCUCUUAUCUUUUUCCGAUGUGGGACUAAAAACACAAUCCCCCACAAAAAGAAAAAGCAAAGCGGAAGAGGGAAGGAAGAGAUCCACAGAAGCCAUGUCUUGCUCUUCGUCGUCGGGAGAAGAGGAUGAGAGCAUCGAUGAGUACCGCAAGGGUGGCUACCAUGCUGUUCGUGUCGGGGACCAGUUCGCCGGCGGCCGCUACGUUGCCCAGCGGAAGCUCGGUUGGGGCCAGUUCUCCACUGUCUGGCUCGCUUACGACACACGCGACUCUAUUAUCUACUCUUUUCAGCGAUUUGUUGCUCUGAAAAUUCAGAAAAGUGCAAAGCAGUUUGCUGAAGCUGCACUUCAUGAGAUUGAAAUUCUUUCGGCCGUUGCCAAUGGAGACCAUCUGAAUUCAAAAUGCAUUAUUCGACUACUCAAUCACUUUAAGCAUGUUGGCCCAAACGGGCAGCAUCUAUGCCUUGUUGAAGAAUUCCUUGGAGAUAGCUUGCUGGGGCUAAUUCGUUACAACCGUUAUAGAGGCAUAGGAUUUAACAGGCUCAGAGAUAUCUGCAGAUCAUUAUUACUGGGUCUUGAUUACUUGCACAGGGAACUUGGAAUUAUUCAUACAGAUUUGAAACCAGAAAACAUUCUUCUGGUCUCAACAAUUGAUCCUGCAAAGGACCCUGUACGAUCUGGGUAUGCCCCAAUACUUGAGAGGCCUGAGGUAAACUCAAACGGUGUGUUUGUUGUCAAUAUAAAUGAGAAAAACCUUAAGAAGAAAGCAAGGAGAGCAGUAGCCAAGAUCUCUGUGAGAAGAGCAUCGAUGGGAGGAACUUUUGAGGUUCCAAGGAAACUAGACGGGAUUGAUAUGAGUUGCAAGAUUGUGGAUUUUGGAAAUGCUUGUUGGGUGGAUAAAAAAUUUACUGAUGAUAUACAGACAAGACAAUAUAGAGCUCCUGAGGUUAUUCUCGGUGUGAGCUAUUCUUUUCCUGUUGAUAUGUGGUCAUUUGCGUGCAUUGCUUUUGAGUUGGCUACCGGUGAGAUGCUCUUCACUCCCAAAGCUGGUCAAGGUUUUAGCGAAGAUGAGGAUCACUUGGCUCUCAUGAUGGAAUUACUUGGAAAAAUGCCCCGGAAGAUUGCUAUUAGUGGAUCUCGAUCCAAGGAUUACUUUGACCGCUAUGGAGAUUUAAAACGGAUCCGUAGGCUCAAACACAGGCCACUCGAUCGUCUUCUAGUCGAGAAAUUCAAAUUCUCUGAUUCUGAUGCUUGUGAGUUUGCGAAUUUCCUCCGACCUCUUCUCGAUUUCGCUCCAGAAAAGCGGCCGACUGCACAACAAUACCUGCAACACCCUUGGCUCAAGGGAAAAGAAUUGAACUCCUUCGAAGAGAAGAAACCAAUGGCUGUCGAGAAGCUGGAGAGAGGAAUGAGUAAACUGCAAGUUCAAGUUGGUAGGUGAUGAUACAAUUUUGAUUCCACUGAUACCAAUAAUAUCUUUUUAUCAACUUCAACUUUAUACUAGUGAGUUUGCUGAUGGAUUUCUUGCUCAAAUGACCAUCUUUCCGACAUUUUUGGGACUUUUUAUUCGAAAUAUCACAUGAAAGAGGAGCAUUUCAAGUGAUAUUUUCUGAAAGGAAGUUUAGGGUGCAAGAAAGUGUUGAUCUUUACUGAAACAUUUUGUGCUGUGUGAGGUGUGUACAGUAUAUAUGACUUUGUUUGUGUGUUGAAUGACAUUAACAAAACUCAAUCAAGCUAAUAAUAACAAUGAUUUUGAGUGCUA